AUGUUUCUCCGCCUCUUGGAUGGGCAGCUCCGCAUGUCGGCGCAGCAGCUCGACGAUGCGAAAGAAGAACGCAAGUUCAAGCGCCAGAAGCUCGAGUUUGAGCAGCGGCGAUUCGACCAAGAGAUGGCGUUCCGCGCCCAAGAGGCCCAGCGCCGGGACCAGCGCGACGCAGAGGAUCGCGCGCAGCGCCGCGACGAGUCGACCUUACCCAAGCCAUGA